AUGGGGCAUCUAUCCUAUUCAGCUGACGUGAGGGCUACCAAACUUGAGAGAGAUGUUACUUUUAUGAUUGAGGCUGGCAUUUUAGCUGCACUGACCCCCCUUCAGACUUCAAUUGACACUCUCACCACGAGAGUCGAGGCUUGUGAGAGCAGGCAGGGGGAGACCACUAAGGUUACGGCUUUUAAAGCUGAGGUAGAAGACCUGAGGAAGGACACAGACUAUCUAAAGUCUACUAACUUAACUUCAUUAUUGGAGGGUACAGAUGAUUUGGACGCUCCUGAGACUUCAGAGAUUCCUCCAACUACCACUGGAGAUGUACACAGAGAUGAGGCAGCAGUUAAUGAGUCGGAUACUGAGACCGACGAGGAGCAGAUAGAUAUACGGGAGGAGAGAAUAUAUGGAGACUUGAAGAGACGAUUAUGCAGUCGAUAA